AUGGUGGAUACUGGAACUAAUCUACAUUCACUAGAAAGUUAUGGAAAUAAUACUGACGAGAAGAACUUAAAACUGUCAAAUACUCAAGCAAAUGCAAUAGAUGAUCUUGUUGAUAGCUCACUAGAUCAUAGUAGUGGUAAAGAUGAUCUAUUUAUGCAACUUCAAACAAAAUUCUUCGAUUUAUUGUUAGAGAUCCAUCAUCUUAUUCCAUCAUGGGGAUCUUAUAAAGAAAAUUUUUACUUUCAUUGGAAACGAAUUAUUGGGGCAUCUAGUGUCAAAGAUAUUCAUGCAUACAAACUUAUAUUUAGAUGUUUAGGAAAUUUAAGUCCCUCUUCAACCCCUAUAUUUAUAUUGAAGCCAGUUAUAAAACAACUUGAUGAAUAUAGAAAAAUUUCUGAAGCUGACUAUAUCCCAACAGAUUUAGAUAUAAUUAUACCACAAAAUCAACCUUUACCACCAGUUUCAGUAUUCCAGUCUAGUCAACAGAUAAGCCUUCCAGCUUCUCCUAUUGGUAACACUAAUUCUCAUUUUGAGAAGUGCUAUGGAAAUAAAAAUUAUUCGCCAAAGUCAGAAAGUGACAAUAGCAUUAAUCUAAACCAAAAUAAUACUGAUUUUAAUAAAAUAAAUGAUUUUAUACCUAAUCUCCUUGAUAGGAAUAACUUGAUGCCUCCUGGAUCUCCUCAUAAUCCUGCUAGCUUUUUGUUAUUUAGUGGAGAUUCACAUAGCCAAAGUCAGAAUGCCGUCACUGCAGCUGCUCUGUUAUUUGGGACUAGACCAUCAAUUAAUACUGAUUCAUCAUUAAAUAGCUCUUCAUAUUGUGACAAACAAAUUUCUUCAGGUCAUACAUCAAUAACGUGUUUGAAAGGAUCAGAAUUAUCACCAGAUAUAACAUCUAAUAAUUUACAUACAUCUACCUUCACUCCAUCAACAUGUACAUCAUCUUCAUCUUUAUCACCAUCUGAUUAUGGGAUGGCUGGGCCUUUAAUGGCAGCAUUUCAACAUAUACAGGCUGUGGCAGCUGCAGCUGCAGUUGUAUCUCAAAAUAAGAACUCACCUGAUAGAGUUAAAGUAGAUAAUAAUUCAUCUCAGCCGCCUAAGAAGCGUCCAAGAAGAAAUGGCGAAAUUCAAGGUGUAUACUUUGAUAAAAUUAGGAAGUUAUGGCGUGCAAAUUGGAAGGAAAAUGGAAGAGUUAAAACAAAAGGAUUCUCUGUAUUCCAAUAUGGUGAUGAAGGUGCUAGACAAAAAGCAAUUGACUAUCGUAAAAAGAUGGAGAGAGAAUUUUAUAUAGUUCCACCUCAUUCAAGGCAACAUGCUAUUCCUGUUCCAAAUAAUACUAUAGCUCAUUCUAAUUCUACUCUAACAGAUAAUAUGAAAUCUAACCAAAAUCAACUCAACGAAGUUAAGUGUGAGGAAUCUUUAUGUAUUAAUGCCGUAUCAAAUACUUCCAAUUUAAAUAAUGUUAGUGAAGAAAAUCGUUCAUUAUUGGGUACAGAUCAAUGUGAAAUGAAUGGAAGUUCUAAUAUUACUAAUAUUACUAAACAGUCAGUAAAUAUAUGA